CAGCCCGGCCCAUCAAGGUUGGACCAGACGCCACGCCGACGCAAACCCUCACCACUAUCCCCUCCGUCUCGCCGCCGGCGCCGCCUCGCCGACGCCGCCAUGCUCCGGCUCCGGCGCAGCGUGCUCUCCAAGCUCCUCUCGUAUCCCUCCGUCUCUCCUCUCCACCGCCUCAUCUCCACCACGGCGCCGGCCCCCGCCGUCGCCCCCAGCACCGGGUUCGCCGUGGAGGAGUACCUCGUCUCCACCUGCGGCCUCACCCGACCGCAGGCCCUCAAGGCCUCCGCCAAGCUCUCCCACCUCAAGUUCCCCUCCAACCCCGACGCCGUCCUCGCCUUCCUCGCCGGCCUCGGCCUCUCCGGCGCCGACGCCGCCGCCCUCGUCGCCAAGGACCCCAAGUUCCUCUGCGCCGACGUGGGGAGAACCCUGUCCCCCGUCGCCGCGGGGCUCGCCGGCCUCGGCCUGUCGCCUUCCGAGAUCACCCGCCUCGCCUCGCUCGCCCCCGACAAAUUCCGCUCUAGAUCCAUCGUCUCCAAGCUGCACUACUACCUGCCUCUCGUCGGGUCCUACGAGAACCUCCUCGGGGUGCUGAGGUAUGGCUCCUGCCUCGUCUCGUCCGACCUGGAGACGGUGGUCAAGCCCAACGUCGCCUUCCUGCGGGAGUCCGGGCUAGCUGACUGCGACAUUGCCAAGCUGUGCGUCACUCUCCCAUGCCUGCUCACCUCCGGCUGGGAGCGCAUCCAGGCGUUGGUGCUGUGCGCCGAAGGCCUCGGCAUACCCCGUCGGUCCGGGAUGUUCAGGCACGCGCUGCAUGCUGUCGCGUUUGUCGGCGAACAGAAGGUCGCCGCCAAAUUGGAUUGCUUGAAGAGGACGUUUGGGUGGUCAGAUGCUGAGGUCGGCGUUGCUGUGUCCAAGUAUCCGAUGCUGCUGACUAAGUCUCACCACAUGCUGCAGAGCAAGUCAGAGUUCCUGAUCUCCGAGGUGGGGUUGGAACCGGCAUUCAUUGCUAAUCGGCCCGUAAUUGUCUGUCUUAGCCUGGAGGGCCGGCUCAGGCCCCGGUACUACGUUUUAAAGUUUCUCAAGGAAAAUGGAUUGCUCAAGGGUGAUCCGAGCUAUUAUACAGUUGUCAUGGUGAAUGAGAAUGUUUUCGCGCAGAGGUACAUGUGCCCUUACAAGGAAGCUGCACCAUACCUCGCUGAAGACUAUGCAACUGCUUGCGGAGGGGAAGUGCCGGCUAGAUUCGUAUUUGCAUGAGCUGAAAACACAAAUAUUGAAAUUUUGAUGCUUACUGUACCACAUAUUCCACUUUAUGCAGUAGGCUUGUAAGCUAUUGUUUCAGUGUUAUUGCCUAACUAAUGUUGGCUGUCUGAUAUAGUAUGUCUGUCACUGCUUGUUUGUUAGUUGUUAAUGCUUGAUGAAGUUAAUUAUUGUUAGUUGUUAA